AUGCGUCUGCGAUGGUUUAAGGCGUUGCGUGUUAGUGCAUACUUUCGCGUUGUGAGUCGGCAAAAAGGAAAAGCUCAAAACGGGUUUCAAGAUAUUUCGAUAUUUAAGGAUUUUUCGAAUCGCGGUUCAACAUCGAGCGAUGUCAAGUGUAGAAAAAAAGCCAUUUCGUCGGCUGCCCACAGAUGUUCAGCCUUACCACUAUAAUAUCGUUUUGUCACCGAAUCUGAAAACUUUUGUUUUCGACGGCAAGGAGGAUGUGCACAUUGACGUCAAGUCAUCUACAGACACUAUCAUUUUAAAUUCAUUGGACAUUGAUAUAAAAAGCGUAAUUUUUAAUGAUAAUGAUGGAAAAGUUAUUCCAACAAAACAAAUUGAAGUUUGUUCACCCGAAGAAACAGCCACUUUGGUAUUUGAAGAAAAAUUACCAAUGGGUAGAAGUGGAUACUUGAGCUUGGAAUUUGUUGGAGAAAUUAAUGAUAAAAUGAAGGGUUUCUAUAGAAGCAAAUACAUUGGGACCAAUGGAACUGUUGAACAUGCAGCUGUAACUCAAUUCGAGCCAACAGAUGCUAGACGUUGCUUCCCAUGCUGGGAUGAACCAGCACACAAAGCCACGUUUGAUAUUACUCUAAAUGUACCGUCAGGUCUUACAGCACUUUCCAAUAUGCCUAUCAAAAGCAAGGUAACGAAUGAAUCGGUCGAGACUUUAGUAUUUGAGAGGACACCAAUCAUGUCGACAUAUUUAGUAGCAGUGGUAGUUGGUGAAUUCGAUUACAUAGAAGACAAAUCGAGCGAUGGUGUACUAGUACGCGUGUACACCCCGAAAUCGAAGAAAGAACAAGGACAGUUCGCUUUGGAAGUAGCGACAAAAGUACUGCCAUAUUAUAAAACCUACUUUGGAAUUGCUUAUCCGCUGCCAAAAAUUGAUCUUAUCGCGAUUGCUGAUUUCUCAUCCGGAGCUAUGGAAAAUUGGGGUCUAGUUACAUAUCGAGAAACUUGUCUUCUAGUAGAUCCACAAAACACAUCCGCUGUGCGGAAACAGUGGAUCGCUUUAGUUGUAGCGCAUGAACUGGCGCAUCAAUGGUUUGGAAAUCUCGUAACCAUGGAAUGGUGGACGCAUUUAUGGUUGAACGAAGGAUACGCUUCAUUUGUGGAAUUCUUAUGCGUUGCUCAUCUGUUUCCCGAAUACGAUAUUUGGACUCAAUUUGUGACAGACACGUAUAUCAGAGCAUUAGAACUUGACGCUUUAAAGAACAGCCAUCCAAUUGAGGUACCGGUUGGUCACCCGUCGGAAAUCGAUGAGAUCUUUGAUGACAUUUCUUACAAUAAAGGGGCAUGUGUUAUUCGAAUGUUGCAUUCCUACAUUGGAGACGACGACUUUCGAAAGGGUAUGAAUCUCUACUUAAAAAAGCACAGCUAUGCCAAUGCAGAAACUGGAGAUCUUUGGGACGCUCUGGAGGAAGCCAGCAAUAAGGACGUACGCAGCGUGAUGUCUACUUGGACCGAGCAGCAAGGAUUCCCUGUUGUCAGAGUUCAACAUCGUCAAGAAGGCAGUGAUCGAAUUCUGUCUCUGUCUCAGGAAAGAUUCCUAGCUGAUGGUUCCGCGGAUACCGGAAACAGUUUGUGGAUCAUACCAAUUAGCAUAAGUACGUCGAAGAAUCCAAAGGAGUGUGUACUUAACGCUUUGUUCGACGAGAAGACGAAAGAAUUUCGAGUUAAAAACGUUCCUGAAGAUCACUGGGUAAAGAUCAACCCUGGAACGAUCGGUUUCUACAGGACUCACUAUAGUCCAGAAGCAUUGUCUCUCUUGUUACCGGCAGUCAAAGCUCACGCGUUACCUCCCUUAGAUAGACUGGGUCUACUGGACGAUCUAUUUGCUAUGGUACAAGCUGGUCAUGCUUCUACCGUAGAAGUACUUCAACUUAUGCAAGCGUUUCAACACGAAGACAAUUUCACUGUAUGGUCUAGUAUAGUCAAUAGCCUAGGAAAAAUCGGAGUUCUCGUGUCUCACUUGGAUUUCGAGGAUUCAUUCAAAUCGUUUGGACGUAACUUGAUGCGCGACAUCACCAACAAACUAGGCUGGGAUGCUAAACCUAAUGAAUGUCACCUGGACACCCUUCUACGAUCCCUUGUUCUAGGUCGUAUGGCAGCAUUGAACGACGAGGAUACUAUACAAGAAGCGAAAAAGAGAUUUGAGUUGCAUGUUUCUGGUACCACGCUACUCGCUGCCGAUUUACGUAGCCCUGUUUACAGGGCUGUACUCUCUGUUGGUGAUGCCGACACUUAUGAAACCAUGUUGAGGCUUUAUCGAGAGGCAGAUUUGCACGAAGAGAAAGACAGAAUACUGAGAGCGCUAGGUGCGAUCAAAGAUGAAACCUUGUUGGCAAAGGUUCUAGAUUUCUCUAUGAGCGACGAAGUCAGAGCUCAGGACACAGUGUUUGCUAUCAUGUCGGUGGCAAUGACUUACAAAGGCCGUGUAAUGGCUUGGGACUUUUUCAAGGAAAAUUGGAAGACCCUGCUCGAUCGAUACGGUGGCGGUUUCUUGAUUUCGAGAUUGGUGAAAUUCACCACGGAGAAUUUCGUUACCGAGGAACGAGCCAAAGAUGUCGAGGAAUUCUUCAAGAACCACCCGACACCGGGAACCGAAAGAACAGUCCAGCAGAGCGCCGAAUCCAUCAGAUUGAACGCGGCAUGGCUUGCCAGGGAUAAAGACUCUAUCAAGGAAUAUUUGAUCACUCAUGUUUAAUAGUACCAUGAGUUACUUGUCUCGAGUUCUUGUCCUUACCUUGUUACAAUAUCUCAUACAAUAGAAAAUCGAAGGGCUACAGUAUGCCAUUCUGCGAACGUAUUAAAAAUAAAACACGAGUUGCUUCGAGUCAAUUUAGAGAAAAAGAGAAGAUUGCAAGGAUUCUCUUGUAACACACGACAUCGUAGAAUUUGCCUUUACAGACAUACAUAUACACAUGCAUACAUACAGACGGG